CCUACCCCCCCCCCCCCAAAAGGAGUACAAAGAUUCCAAAGAGCGUAUUGAGAUAAUAUGCUUGAGGAAGAAUGGGCUUGACUGGCACAUCCUCUUGGUUUUCCUAUCUCUACCAUUCCAUUCAUUUCUCAAGAAGUUCCUCAUGGAUGAGCCGAAUCGCAAUCAUCUGUCCUGGCUGAAUAUGUCUCGCCUCAAAGUCCUGAACAUCACCGCCGCCGCAGCAACACUCCUUCUCUCGUCCCUCUUGGUGGCAACCGCAGCCCAAGACGCAUGCACCUCGAGCAGCCAGCCGAACCCCAUAGCCCAGCAGUAUGCCGAUUCCGUCACUGGAACCUUGAAUACCACGCUCGCUAUCGUCCCGAUACCACUUGAUACAGCAAGGAAAUUGAUUCCCGCACAAUAUGCUAUUCUUGAGGAUGCCUACCACGAUCUGUUACCCAGCUUCCCGGCGGACAUGUAUCCCGUCUUGAUGCAGGCGGGCUUGGACCACGACAUACAGCUCGCUGCGAUCAGCUAUUCUUUACCAGACUUCCAACGUGCAGGCUGGUCCUUUCCCUUCGUCGACCUGCUCGGCGACGGCUUCUCGUCUUUCAUAUGGGCACCGGCCCAGAUGAUCAGUGCAGACAACGAGAUAGCCGUCAACGGCUCCAGAGCAUACGGCACAAUCGUCUUCCCCGCAACAUUCGACCCGGCCUGCGACGCCUACGGGAGCAAAGCCAAUGGCUCUGUCUACUUUACCGGCAACGCAACCGACAGUUCGGGCAUAUACGCCAGCCUCGAGUUCUCUGCCCUGGCCCAGGACACCGCCAGUCCGUACCCGACAACGUUCUUCCAGAACGUUACAAACCAGCCCAUCUUCGGGAAUGGCUCGCUCUGCGACAGCCAGGUCCGCCUGUUCAACUCGACGCUCAGCCAGGGACAGUUCGCGCCGGUGCCGGUGAAGGGCACCAUCUUCUCGAAUCUUCCACCUUUGGAUGCUAGUGCUGGUGUGGGCGAUGUGUUUGGCGUUUUGAUUGAUACCCCUUUCAUAGAGUAUAAUGGGCUGGAUUGUCCAUCGCUGCAGGGCUACUCAGGGACGGGGUCUGGAGACUAAUGGGUCGUGUCCCACGGUUAUCUCUUUGCUUUCUCUCUCUAUUGGUGUUGUCGCCUGCAGCUUUUUGAUACCUUGAGAUUUAUUUUAGCACUCUUCUCUGCAAUUUCUGGCGUUACGGAUACAGCAAGGGGCAAGUGGCGAAAGUUUUCACUGAGAGCUUUCAGGUUUUCUUUGGUUCAUUAUGGUAUAUAUUCCACACAUGCGUGGCAAAUGCUAGCUACUCAAGUAGAUGUGUUCAUGUCAAAUGACUAGGAUAAAGCCAAGGGGCUUG